AUGGCCAAUCAAACUUCCCACACACCUUCAACACCCUCACAAGCCCAAAUCACUACAAGAGAGACGACAUUCCUCACGGUAAGUCGUCGUCUCGCUGCCCAACCAAAACCCAUCCCCCGAAUCGUCGGAAAACCUCGACAAAAGCCUUUAGCAGCCAGACCACUUCAAAUCAAAGUGGGGCAGAGCAUGGAGAGUGCCCCACUCCCAAAACUGUCUUCUGAAAGCAAGAAAAAGAGAAGAGAUGACAGAGAGGUGUUCAGGAGUAUUCUGAGUAACAUGGAAAAGGAAGGAGGGCUACCCGAAGUAGGGGUUGUUAAUCAGCCACUACCUUCGGAGGAGGAGAUGGAAGAAGCAUCGAGAAGGAGCGCUCUGGCAGUAUCAGAUCCUAAGGAAACUGCUCAAGUAGAAUCCUAUGUAGGACCCAUCAGAGUUGCAUUGGAGGAAGAGGUGGCAGAGAAGCAGCCUAAAAUGGUUGAGAAGAAGAAGAACAAGAAGAUCAAGGAGAAGAGGACAGAAGGUGAUAAAGAAGCCUACCCUUGGAAGGAGAAGAAAGAAAGAAAAACGAGUGAAAAUAGGGAACGCAGGUGGGAGGAGAAACGCCUGAAGAAGAAGGAAGAAAAGAGAAUGAGGGCUGAGAGCCUAGAAGUCGACGAAGAAUCCACCUCUGCAAGGGGUGAUGAGAAGGUGUCAGCACCAUAA